CCGAGCCCUCCUCCACCUCUCAAAAAACGCAACAUGUGCCCAAACGACAGAUACGCCCAUGACCUCGCCGGACUCUCGGACUUCCGGCGAGCUUUCACAGUUCUAGAUUUUGACUGCGACGGAAAAAUAGGCAAAGAAGAUUUGCACGCGUUUUUCCAACAAUUUUCUGCUGAUCCUCGAGCCACUGAAGACGUCGACUCGAUGAUCGUGGUUGCUGAUAGAGACAAAGAUGGGUUCGUUGAGUACGAAGAGUUUGAAAAGGUUCUGAGUUUCCCGGCUCCUGAGUCUCCAGAAAAUGAGGUUUUCCGGGAAGUUUUCCGGCUAAUGGACGGAGACGGUGAUGGAAAAUUGGGGUUUUCCGAUCUGAAGGGGUACAUGGGGUCGUUGGGCUUUUCUUUGAGUGACGAGGAUUUGGAGAUGAUGCUUAGAGUGGGCGGUGGAGAUUUGAACGAAGGGGUUGGGUAUGAGGGGCUGGUGAAGAUCUUGGCGGUUGAUUUGGCGCGAUGAGAGGGUAGUAUUUUCUCUGAUUUUUUAUUAUGUAUAUUCAGAGAAUAACUUCGAUUCGAGAAGGGGUUGGCACAUCUUGUUUUUAACCUUUUUCAUUGUUUUUAAUGGUUUUUUAUUUUGUUGGGUUUCUUGGAAAUGUACGAUGCAGCUCUGGAAAAUUUUGUUUUCUUCUAUGUAAACUGUUCUAGUGGAAAGUUAUACCAUUCACUUCACUGAUUGUUAUGGUA